AUGUUAUUGAAACAAAUAUUCUUGCCAUUUUUCGUAUUAUUCAAUGCAAUUAAUGCUAUUGACAUUUACCAAAAUCAAGUUUCAAGAGGUACUAUUGAUCUCUCAAUUGGUGCCAUCACCAUUCACUCAGGUGCUUACUGGUCUAUCAUUGACAAUGCUAUUUCCGCUUUGGUUGGUACUUUAACGGUGCAACAAGAUGCUGGGUUUUAUAUUACUGGACUUAAUCCCCUUCUUGGAUUACAAGUUGAAUUAUUAGGAGUUUUGAACUCAAUCAAAAACGACGGUAUUGUUAGUUUUAAUGGGUUGAACAGUUUGGUUGGUCCAAUUUAUAACCUUGUUGGUCUUAGUUUCCAAAAUAAUGGUGAAUUCUAUUUGAGUGCCCUGGGGGUUGCUCCUCCAGUUUUUUCAAUCACUGCUGCUGAUUGGCAUAACAAUGGUUUAUUAGUUCUUGCUCAAGCCAAAAGAACAUCAGCUUUAGCUAAUCUUGGUUUCCCUACUGGUUCUAUUGAAAAUCAAGGUUCUAUUUGUUUAUUUGGUACCGCCUACCAACAGCUUACUUCCAUCACUGGUAGCGGUUGUAUUUCCGCUGAUAGAGAUUCCACAAUCUAUAUUUUCAGUUCACUUUUGCCAAUUGCCACUACCCAAACAUUAUAUUUAGCUGAUCGCGCAUCCUCAAUUGUUAUUCAACCUGUGACUUUGCCUGCUACAUACACAGUCAGAGGAUUUGGGAAUGGUAACAAGGUUGGUAUCUCACUUCCAUUGCUUAGUGUUCCACUUCUUGGUCAACCUGCUUACUCCUAUGACCCAUCUUCUGGGGUUCUUACUUUGAGAGGAUUAGGUGUUGGAUUGCUUUCACAAAGAUUCCAAAUUGGUACUGGUUAUGAUUCAAGUUUGUUGGAAAUUGUUACUGAUGAUGGUGCUGGUCUCCCAACUACUUUGUUAGGUUCUGUUAGAUACAAUGGACCUGUUCCAAAUAAUGCAGUUCCAGCCUCAUGUAACUGUAAAUACGUCCCACCAUCCCCAGGAACCGACGAAUCAUCUAGUCUUUCCAGUUCAACUAGUGAACAAUCAUCAAGCAGUGCUACUUCUGUAUCAGCUUCAGAAACUAGUGAUACCUCAUCUACUCAAGAGUCAUCCUUAUCAAGUGAAGUAUCUUCUACCCAAGAGCCAUCCUCAUCUACUCCAGAACCAUCUUCAUCAAGUGAGACAUCUUCUACUCAAGAGUCGUCAUCUACUGAAGGUCCGUCGUCAUCUACUGAUUCCUCAACUGAAGCUUCUUCUAGUGAAUCAUCAACUGCACCAUCAUCAUCUGCUGAGGCCUCUUCUUCUACCGAGUCUUCAACUGAGGAACCAUCAUCAUCUACUGAGGGACCUUCAUCUUCACAAGAAUCAUCCUCAAGUGAAGAAUCAUCUACUCAAGAACCAUCAUCUUCUACCAAAGAAUCAUCUUCUACCGAAGGUCCAUCUUCCACUGAAGAGUCAUCAUCUACUGAAGGUCCAUCGUCAUCUACUGAUUCUUCAACAGAUAUUACCUCAGCUUCUUCAACAGAUGAACAAAGCAGUUCUGGUACUGGUCAAUCAUCCACUGAAGACGAACCAAUUGACUCUACUGAGUCUGAUACUUCCAGUGCAACCGAUUCUAGUACUGCUACAGACAGUAGUGCUACUAACACCGAUACCAAUAGUGAAUCCACAGACUCUUCUACUGCAACAGAUACCAGCUCUACUGAUAGUAAUACUGCUUCAAGUACCGAAACUAACACAGAUGUGACUGAUUCUUCUACUGAUUCUAACACUGGAGCUACUGAAUCUUCCACAGCUACUGAUACCAACACUGAUGCUACUGAUUCUUCCACUGUUUCUGAAACCGGUGCUACAGACUCUUCUACUGCUACGGAUACCAAUACUGGUGCUACAGAAUCUUCUACAGAUUCCAACACUGGAGCCACAGACUCUUCUACUGCUACGGAUACAAACACAAGUGCUACUAAUACAGACACUAAUACUGGCUCAAACACUGCUACUAAUACAGACGAUAAUACUGCUACUGAUACUAGUUCUACUGAAACCAACACUGCUACUAAUACAGAUGGUACUGAAACCAAUACUGGUACUACUGAAACUAACACUGACACAAGUGCUAGUAAUACAGACGAUAACACUGGUUCAAACACAGCUACUAACACUGGUGGUACCGAUACCAAUACUGACACUAAUACCGGUGGUACUGAUACCAAUACUGGUACUAACACCGGUGGUACUGAUACAAAAACUGGUACUAACACUGCUACUGGUACUAAUACUGGUGCUACUGAAACCAAUACUGCUACUAAUACAAAUGGUAAUGGUACAAAUACUAACACCGGAGCUACUGAUACAGCCACUAAUACAGCUACUGGUACUAACACUAACACUGGAGCUACUGACACCAACACUAAUACUAAUACUGGAGCUACUGUUACAAAUACCGCUACUAAUACUGGUGACGUGAGUGCUACAAAAGACAUUCCAAGCCCUACUUCUACUGAUGAAGGUUCUAAUAACGGUGGUGGUUCCAAUAAUGGAUCAGGAUCAAACAAUGGAUCAGGUAACGGAUCAGGUAGUGGUUCAGGUUCAGGUAAUGGUUCAGGUGAUGGAUCCAACAAUGGAUCAGGUAAUGGUUCCGACAAUGGAUCAGGAUCAGGUAAUGGUUCCGACAAUGGAUCAGGAUCAGGUAGUGGCUCCGACAAUGGUUCAGGUUCAGGUUCAGGUUCAGGUUCAGGUUCAGGUAAUGGCUCAGGUAGUGGCUCCGACAAUGGUUCAGGUUCAGGUAAUGGAUCAGGUAGUGGAUCAGGAUCAGGCUCAGGUUCUGACAAUGGAUCAGGUAGUGGUUCCAACAAUGGCUCAGGAAAUGGAUCAGGUAAUGGUUCGGGCUCAGGCUCUGAUAAUGGAUCAGGUAAUGGAUCAGGCUCAGGAUCUGGAAGCGGAUCUGGUAAUGGAUCUGGUAAUGGAUCUGGCUCAGGAUCUGGAAGCGGAUCUGGUAAUGGAUCUGGCUCCAACAAUAACAAUGGGUCAGGCUCAGGCUCUGGUUCAGGUAAUGGACAAGAUAAUGGAAUUAUUACCUCAUCAAUCGGUCAACCAGGUUCAUCAACCUCAACUCAAGGCCCAUCAUCUUCCAAUUCAGCAACUAUACCUGAACAAGCAAAUUCAGGAAAUCAUAUCAAAUUCACAUUAUUCAAUGGAUUAUUGAUUGGAUUAGUUCCAAUUGUUUUCAUGUAA